AUGACUGUGUGUAGAUUUUUCCAACAAGGAUAUUGUCGGUAUGGGCAGAAUUGCAGAUAUGACCAUAUUUAUGGCUCCAAAUAUUCAUAUCACGCAAAUCCUCAACCACAAGCGGCACCACCACAGUCCUCAAUCUCGGAUGAACAACUGGUAUCUCAAGUACAAGCAGAUAUGCAGUCUGCCCUCAGAGGAGGACAAUGGAUACUGUCAUGUUACUCACCAUUUAAAGAAAAGCCCAUAUUCCCAGGCAUCAACGAUUUAUCUCCAGAGGAAGCAAGACUGUUUAUUUACGAAGCUAAGAAUAGUAACAAUUUAGAACAAGCGAUCACCUACAUGAACAAUAUCUUCAAAGAGACAAAACAAAAGUAUGAACAGAUACUACAGCCUGAUAUGAACAUUAUCAAAGUAUUACGAGGCCUAUACAAAGGUGAAGUAUUACCUUCUCCGUUCACCAGCAAUAAUCAGAACGUAUACAGUUCCGGUAGCAAUACUGCAUCGUCAAUAUUCCGUAGUGCUCUUCAAAAUACUCAGUCCACUAGUCCUAAGGCUAAUACGGCGAAAUCAAUAUUUAGCCAAGGACAACAGAGUAUAUUUAACACCCAACCAGAUCCAGCUAUGGAGAUAUUUUCAAGAGCUAAUGCAAAUGUUUUUGGACCAAGCUCACCCCCUAAUGCAUUUGGAGAAAAUCAAAACAUCUCUGCAAAAUCUCUUUUUGCCAGCGCAGUUCAGAUUAAUCCAAAUCAAGCAAGCCCAUCAAACAUAUUUGCAUCGGCCAAUCAAAGUAUAUUUGGCUCCCCUCCAAAUCAGAAUACUUCACCGUUUGUCCAGGUACAGAAGUCACCGUUCAGUCAAGAACAAAGUACCUCACCUUUUGCACCAGUACAGAGUAAGUCCCCAUUCAGUCAAGAGCAGAGUAACUCGCCUUUUGCACCAGUACAAAAUACAUCACCCUUUGGCCAAGGGAAUAUUUUUCAAAAGAAUAACAGUCCAGCAUCUAUUUUUGGACAAGCCAAUAAGCAGCUUAUUUCUGAUGAUCCUGGAGUUUAUAGCAAGAAAGAAGAAUUAUCUGAGACUGAUUUAGAAGCAUUCAAAAGUGACAAGUUUGAGUUAGGUUUUGUGCCUGAAUUGCCGCCACCAUAUCAAUUGGGCACCCGGGCUUUAUAG